AAACAAGGAUAACGUUAACAUUACCAAAUAAUGGCAUUCAAGGUAUUCCUCUGUGUGGUUCUGCUGGCGAUCGCCGUUCAGGCCAAACCCGGUGGUCCUGCCGCCUAUUCGAUCAGUGCCCCCAGCGUGGAUCAUGCCUCCGUGGGCAGCACACAGGAGCACACGGUGAAGGGUCAUUAUGGACAGUCCUCGCAAUCGGAUUAUGCCAGCCAAGUGCAGACAGCUCACUCCCAGUCCCAUGUCCAGCGAUCGAGUAUCAGCAAUGAUGCCGGUCUGGCUCCCGUUGCCGCUCAUGGUUAUGCAGCUGCUCCGGCUCAUGCCAUCGCUGCUGCUCCUGCCUACUCCCUUGGAUUGGGUCACACAGCUCCUGCCCAGAUCCAAGUCCAGGGCUUGGCCUAUGCCAGUCAUGCCCACGCCCCUGUCUAUGGAGGACACUAUGCGGCCACGGCACCUGCUCUCCAGAUCUCCGGACUGGGACACAGUGUGGGACAUCUGGGUGGUGGACUGGGACACAGCGUGGGACACCUGGGACUGGGCGGCUAUGGUGGCUAUGGAGGCUAUCUCCAUGGUGGCUAUAGCUCCUAUGCUGCUGCUCCUGCCCAGAUCUCGCAUGGAUACCAAAUUGCCGCCGCUCCAGCUCCGGCUCCCGUUGUGAAGUACACUGCCGCUCCGGCCUACGCUCCCGGAAUCAUUGGACACGGCAUCGGGCUGGCCGCCCCCGCCUAUGCUGCUCCCGCCUACGCCGCCCCCGCAUAUGCCACGCACCUGGCCGCUCCCGUGGUGAAGGCCGCCGUUGCCGCACCCGCCCUGGUACACACAUCGGUCUCUGGCCAUGGCAUUCACUAUGGCUACUAGAAGCCAUAAUGGGAAGGGGACAGGCACUGGAACUGGAACUGGGAUGGGUGUCCGGGUUGGC